AUGACCGUGUUCUAUGUCGAUGAGACUGUGUUGUUAGUGUCAAUGAUGAUCUUUGGUGUCAAUUGUCAUUUAAUUUUAAAUUAUCCUUAGGAAAUGGCGAAUUUUAAAGUUAUUACGGAAGAUAUUGUCAACAUUAUUGUGUCUAAUAGCGAAGAUGACUUUAGUGUUGAGAAGAGGUAUAAGAAAAGCUUAACAGUAAAGGAUCUUAAGAAUAACUUGGAGCUAGUAACAGGAUGCUCUGCAAACAGUAUGAAGAUUAAUGUCUACGAUUCAAAAAGCCAGUUUGUUUGUUUCCUAGCUAAUGAUGAUGCUUUACUGGGAUCAUACCCUGUCGACAGUGGGAUGAGACUGCAUGUCACCGGUGAUUUUGCCAUGAGGCAUUCGUUUGGAGAUAAGCAAGAUGUAGAGAAGUUCCAGUUGUCAGACGACUUGUACAGCAAGCGGUCGGACACGGUGCGGGCGUACCUGGAGCGCAACAAGCUGGGGAAGUACAACGAGGAAGAGCAGAAGAAGCUGGACGAGAAGCGUCGCCAGGAGGAGCAACAGGAAGAGGAGGCAGCCAAGAAGAUGAAGCCCGGCGACAGGUGCGAGGUCGCGAUCCCCGGCAAGCCGGUCCGAAGAGGCUGCGUCAGGUUUGUCGGGAAAGUGGAGUUCAGUUCUGGUUGGUGGGUUGGAGUCCAGUAUGACGAACCUUUCGGCAAACAUGAUGGAAUGGUCAAUGGCGUGAAAUAUUUUGAGUGUCCACCGAAGUAUGGCAGCUUCGUGAAGCCAGCACACAUCACAGUUGGAGAUUUCCCUGAAGAAACUGCAGAACUUGAUGAAAUAUAAUAUUUUUCCUUGCUGCAGACAUUAUCUUGAUGGCACUUGCUAUAAACUUUUUUCUUUAAUAUCAUGAACUGUGCAUAUUUUGUUAUCAUUAGUUUGGUGUUUUUGAUCGGUGAUCAAAACAGUUUAAAAAUUAAAAAUAUUGUUAUGGAGAGUUUAAAUGAGAAAAUGAUAAUUAUAUUAAAUUUUACAUAAUAUUUAAUCUACACUAAAACAUACAAAAUAGUUUUGUUUUGCAAGAAAAGUACUCAUUAGAUAAGCAACUCUUUACGUUAUUAACAUUAAUUUCCCCCCCCCCCCCCCCCCCCCAGUUUUGACUAAUUCACAUCUAUCAAUCGUACUGCCCUACCAAGGUAAAACAUUACUUAAGUCACCUCUGAAUUCCUUCAAGAUAGUAACUAUCUUUUAUCUGCAAAGCUUAGAAAUUAAGUCUUUAAUUAAACUAAAUUUGUUAUUUUACUAAUUCUAUGAUCUGGUACUUCCCAACUCAGAAUUUAAACUCACAACUUGUAUAUUUAAUUCAGUAUCUAAAAAAAUUGGUUGUCUGUAAAGUCGGUUUACGGACGAUGGCUAUCGUCCGUAAACCGACUUCAUAACAAAACAUUGAUGAAAUGAUUGCAUACUUAAUGAAUAAAAUUGAAUCAUUUUUAUUUUAAUAAUAAAAGAAUAAAUACUUGAAAUUAUACUAGUAAUCAGAUUUUUAAAAUGCAAGAAUAAUUAACCUUUAUUGCUGAAAUUGUUGUAAUAAGCAAUGAAAACCGCAUUAACUUUUCACUUCACUUUAUAAACAGUUGAGUGGAAGAGAGAUAGAUGCGGCGCAAGCGUACAAUGAGUGUAAUGGGACAUAGCGUAAUGAAAAAAUGUGCGUAACGGGACACAGCGUAACGAAACAAUGUGCGUAAUGGGACACUUUUUUGUGCGUGCAGCCGGCAUUCAUCGAUUUAUUAGACGUCACGUCAAAAGGCGAAUGGUAAUAGUUUGGCACAUUGUAAACCAACAAAUUACAUUCCUACAAAAAAUAGUGUCAUAUCUGGAGGUUUUUUUUAGAUGGUGCCUCCUUUUUACUCAUGAUUGCAGGUUUAUGGCUAUUACGAUUCCUAGCUUAAUGUAGCCUUCCAACGAAAAAAUAUGUAAUUACAAAGACCUCUAACGAGCGGUCACCGAAGCCACGCCACUCCAUUAUCCUUCUAAAACCACUUAAACACAGCAGGUUCAUAACCACCGUGGCCUACCUGCCACUCACUCUUCCGUGAUGGCUGAGUGACCAAGUCUGCCCUCUUUAAUAUCUCAGUGCUAUUAAAAUGCAAUAAAAUAGAGCCUAAUAAAAAAGCAAAUCAAAUUCAAUCUGGAAAAAAAACUCUUCGUAACAAUAUCAUGCUUGAAAUGUAGUUUAAACAUUUAAUAUCUUAUGAAAAUGUUUAAAUAUGUACAGAAGUAUGGUUCAUAAUGACUGAUGCAUAAUUAUAUUUGUUGCGCUUAGAAUGUUAGCAAUUUAACGAAACCACUUGUAACAAUAGCUAUGUUGAAUAUUACUUUUGUAGUUAUGCUGUAAAUUGUAUAGUUAUAUGAGAGAUUAUUUGUAUUUUUUAUAAGCUUGAAAUAUGAUUUUUCAUACAAUGUUUGUGUAAUCAUUUUCACCCAUUAUGCCAUCGAAUAUGCAAUUGCAAACUAGCCAACUUUCUCUAAAUAGGAUUUAUGUAUGUAGUAAAAACUUUAAAACAUGUUGAAAAAUAUAUAAAUUUCUUGUGGCAUCAGAACAUAUGCUCUACAUAAUAUUACGAAAAUUAAAUUUAGGCCAAAAAUAAAACUGAAACACCAGAUACAAGCAUAAGCAAGGCAGUAAUGGGUGGUGGUGUGGUAAAAAUGUAGCCCUUGAACAUGCUAAACUCUAGGUUAUGUUACCAAAAAAUACAGAGAAUAGGAUAAUGACAUCAUUGUAUUGUUAAAUUCUCAUUUAUUGAACAGAAACUGAAGGCUGCAAAGGCAGGAUAAGUCACAAUUUAUAGUUGUGCCAAUUAGAGUUGUGGAUUAUACACAUACAAUGUGGAAGCUGAAUACUAAACACGGUUUGAAAUAGUACCAGAUUUGUAUUAAUUGCAAGUUAGAUAGGGUCGCCAGAUACAAUAAAUAUAAAUAAUAAACACUAGUGAUUAGUGGACAUCCUUUUACCUUUGGUCAGAAAUAGUGCAAGGAUUACUUUUUGUUGGCUGCAUCUAGUUGAUGGAAAGAGGCAGGGAUUAGUGUGUGUGGUUGGAAAACAUAGGUAAAAUAUUUUCCAUGUUCCUUUUAAUGUGGGUUGGGUUUUUUUCCCUUCAAUGUAAAGUAAAUUAAUGUAUUGAAACUUAAGAUGCUAAGAAAAAAUUAAAUUUGAAAUUAUGUUAACAGAUAAAAUCUUAAACAAAAAAAAAAUUCACUGCUUAAAAGGUUAUGUAGGUUUAAUUCCAAUAUCACCAUUUCUUUUUAUUAAUUAACGCUCAAUAUUUGAAUUGAAAUAAGGCCCCCCUCAACACAACUUAUUAAAUCUUAGGGUUAGAUAUUGCAUUUUAAAAAAUGUUUAGCUGUACUUUCUAUUUUAUAUUUAUAAUUUUCUCAUGAACGCAGUAACAUUACAGAAAAUAUUGAAUGUUUAGUUGCAGUUUUUUUUACUUUCUACAAUACUACAUGUACUGUUUUAAAAACACAUUUUAAUUGUUUUAUCAAGAAAUUGUUUAAGUGGUUGAUCAAUGUAGGUAAUUGUGCUUAAUAUGUAUUGACGUCGACCCAAGUGUCUCCUCGGCUCCCUCAGGCCGUUAUGCCUCGUCAACGUCCUCCCUGUGUGUCCCCAGUGGAGUGCGACGGCCAGGGACGCACCCGCGUGCGCCCUAGCAUGCCAGUGAGGGUUAUGUCUGUGUAUAUAUAUUUGCAAACGAUCAAGGGUCUUAAAUGUAAAUAACUUAUUUAUUCAUUAAUGUCUCGUGUAUGUCUUUGUAAAUAAUUCAAUAACUUUCUGAAGGGUUUCGCCGUAGUAUGUAAUCGCAGCCUGGCGCGCCGCGGGACGGAGCUCUCUCCCACGCCGGCCGAUUUUUCCCCUCCCUCCCCGCCACCCGCGGGCGCCGGCCCGCGGGCGAGCGGGGAGAGGCAGUCGCGUCCUGGUCUCGAGCGGAGACACACGUGUUCGUUGCUCCGCGAGCCGCGCACGUUGCGCUCGGGAUUGAACGUUCGCUCAGUCCGCAGUCGGUCACGGCAGCUGAGCUGCCACCGCGAAUCAGCUUAGCAUUGUUAACUUACGAGUCAUCGGGAGACGUGUCUAGCGGGCAGUUUCUACAACGCGAACGUGGUGCUACGAGUCUCUGAACUUUUCGCCGUCCACGGAACAUUACGUAACGGGCCGCGUAUGUACAGCGUUCCGUCUUCGGGCCCUUUCUCACUGGGUCAGCCUAGCAUUAAUAAACUUUACGAUUCGCGCCGAAACGUAUUUGAGAACCGCCCCGUCAUCAGGGAGUCCGUGUCGCCGUGGUAGGGCACUUGUUCCGCGACGGUUCCGCCAGGCUGCGGCAGGACUUUAUAAGCGUUAAUAAAAGACGGCUCGUGAAAUUCGUUAA